UGAUUAACUGCUUAAGUAGUGUCGCUGACCAGCAGGAUGCGAGAGUUGUUCCUUUGAAAUUAUGCAAUAUUUAGAUAGUAAAAUUAAAACGGUUAAAAAUUAUCCAGCAAUCUGGUGUCAUGGCGGAAUCAACAAUCUACCCCCAGUUCCAGCUGGGGAAAUCUCGAUUCGACCAGAACACUUUCUCCGGCCGGCUGAGGCACUUCCUGGAUGUGAUCGACCCGCGCACACUCUUGGUAUCUGAGCGUCGUCUGAAGGAGUGCAUGAAACUGCUGGAUGAUUUUAAACAAGGAAACCUUCCACCCGGAGUGUCAAAUGCACAACUUUGGGAAGCUCAGAAAAUCAAACAGGCCGCCGUCCACCCCGACACCGGCGAGAAGAUCCUCAUGCCCUUUCGCAUGUCAGGUUAUGUCCCAUUUGGAACACCAAUAGUCGUGGGUCUUCUCCUUCCCAGUCAGACGCUGGGCUCCACAGUCUUCUGGCAGUGGCUGAACCAGAGCCACAACGCCUGCGUUAACUACUCCAACCGGAACGCCACAAAGCCUGCUGCAGCUUCCAAGUUCCUCCUGGGAUAUCUGGGGGCGGUGACGAGCGCCGUCUCCAUCGCGGUGGGGCUCAACGUCCUGAUCCGGAAGGCCAACCGGUUCAGUCCGGCGGGUCGGGUUCUGGUGCAGAGGUUUGUUCCGUUCCCGGCUGUGGCCAGCGCUAACGUCUGUAACGUGGUCCUCAUGAGGAACUCAGAGCUGACCGAGGGCAUCGACGUGCUGGACUCCAACGGCGACGUGGUGGGAACGUCAAAAAUAGCCGCCAAGCAUGCACUGCUGGAGACGGCCCUGACCCGAGUGGUCCUUCCCAUGCCCAUCCUGGUCCUCCCCCCCGUGGUCAUGGCCUUCCUGGAGAGGCUCCCCCUGCUGCAGGCCCACAGGAGGCUGGUGCUGCCGGUGCACAGCCUGGUGUGUCUGGCGGCGUUUGGGCUCGCCCUCCCCCUCGCCAUCAGCCUCUUCCCCCAGAUGUCCCAGAUUGAAGUGUCACAACUGGAGCCAGAGAUCGCCAUGGCGACGAAUGACAAGGCGGUGACCUACAACAAGGGACUGUAACUACCAAAGACAGUGCAGGUGGAUAAGGUCGAGGGCAAGCGUGCGACUCUAGUCCCAUAGCGGUCUGAGCCGGUCCGGGUCUUACCGGGAAGCACCCGAUAGUCUUAAAACCUUUGUGUACAGUGCUAUUAUUAUGAGGGCCAGGAAUUAAUGUCUGGCUCUGGCAUCUUAAAUUCUGCCAUAUUCAACUGCAUAAAAUGGGAAAUUCUGUUGACUAGUAACGAGUGUGUCCAAGUGAAAUGGUUCAUACCAAUGAGAAGCAAAAUGGGAACAGGAAAUGACAUCAUAACGGUGACUGAACUGAGCCAAGUGCAGAGCUUACAUUUUAAGGAUCCUGAACUGUGAAUAUUAGUGUUUCACCUCUGCGUCUAUAUUUGUUCAGUACAUAUAUAGACCCGGGGGAGGGGGGGGGGGGGGUUCACAUGGGGGUGGUUUGGGGUCUGGUCAGAGUGCUGCCGUUCUACAGAAUUUACCUGACCCUGGAGUUAAAGAGACCACGCCCACCCUCGUGUGCUCGUUCCCUCAGCCAAUCACAGAUCCCCACGCCCUCUGAACUGAGAAUUAUCAACGAGGAGCCAAACGUCAGUGCUCUCAAGAACCCCAGUUCCCGAACCUUACAUUACAUUACCGUGCCAUCAACAUUGGUCCAGUUUUUACUUUGGGGGCGUGGCCUGUAAGGAAACCCCGCCCACAGAGGCAGAGUUUUGCCUUAUGGGGAUUUCGGCACCAUGGAUGGAAAGACUUGUACCCUCGGACUCGUGGAAGACUGCCCUCCUUCAGCUAACAGACUUCCAGGCUCCGCCCACAUACCGGUGAAUUAAUUAACAAUGCAAAUUGCUGUGAUAUGCUCCAGUGCGGGUGUGGCUGCGGUUUGAUGGUACGCUCCGGUGUGGCUGCCACCGUAGUUUAAUCACGGCAGAAUUGCAAAAAAAUUGGGUCCAAGGGGACAAGGACUGGCACGGACCUCCCGUGAGGGACGGCCUCUUCCUCGGUCACCUCGGCAACCGCCUUUCCGUCGCAUCGCUGGACCGUCCAGGUGCCGCCAUGGAAACGCCAUGUCUCAGUCCCAGCGGCCUGCGUGGCGUUCAGAUUUAUCGCUCGAAGCGUUUCAGGUUUUCAGCCAACGGCAGCAUUCUCGUCCCCGGCUGCGUAUGAGCCCGCCGAGUGCCUUGCGCGCUGUGUUGAGGUUCAGCAGGACCUGUGACGGUUUGAAAGUGGAUCUUGCGGUUGACCUUGUUUUGGUUUUCUGCGUUUUCGCCAGGUCCGAACACAGGACCUUCAGCAGAUACUGCCCCUUACUGCCGACCCGCGAAUGGCCAUGUGCUGAUGUAUCUACUGUGACUCUUGCUUUAUCAAAGUGUUAGGCAAAUAUGUAUUCAACUUUAAGUCUUUAUUGUCCCAUCAGGGGAAAGUUUUUUACAGCCAGGAGUUUAAGAGAUUACCAAGAAAUACAUAAAAUCUCACGCCAACAAAACCACAUAAAAACAUAAUAGUCAUAACCAAAGAUGUGAAUGUACCAGAGAUUAAUUGAAAUUGAUUUUAAGUGUUUUUAAGCAAAUAUCAAAUCCAAUCAAGCAGCUUUUUUCAUGAGUAGCACUGUUAUGUGGGCUAGUAUUAAUUCUUCAAUGUAGAAGUGUGUGUGUGUGUGUGUGUGUGUGUUUGUGUGUGCUUGUAAGUUUACAUGGAAGUGCCAUACCUUACACGCAGCGGAAAAUAAAUGAACUAUUUGUCAAUGUUGUGAUUUUUUUGCUGAUGCAUGAUGGAGUUCCGUGUGAGUAAACUUGCCUUUUUUAUUUCGCAUUGCCAUGUGUCUGCCUAGACCAGGAGAUUAGUUUGUUUACCUGGUUGUUAUGGGAACGUAGCAUGUUCGUCCGUUGGAGUGGGCAACGGGGCAAGAACGGACAUGUCGGGGUAUUAAAGGGAAACCGAAUCGCUUUUGGGCCUCAAGAAACUCUCCAAAAACACUUUGGUUACCACCAUUAGUUCUUCUUUCAAGGAAAUUCGGUCAAUGACGUUAGGACAGCUGUUCAGAAAUUGUGAUUAUGUAACCUCACUUCGAAGUACCAUAGAGUACCGACUUGUGUAAUAUACAAGACACUCCUGCAUUAUUGGUUAUUACACUGCAGUUCCUUGUCCUUUGAUAGUGCAGCGUGGGCACACUGAACUAAAUUGCCCUGGUAAUAUUGUCUUGACCCCCUGUCCCUAGAGUGAAAUGAGCAGUUAUUGCUGUGCUGCAAAACCUGUGCUGUGAAUUAUCGAUUAAAAUUGAUCCCGGGAAAAGUGUUGUCAUGUCACCGUCAGACAGAUCAUAGCUUCUGUUCAUAGCCGUCUUCGCUCAGAGUUUGUUUUUUGCGACUCCGCACGGAUCGCUCGCUGUGUGUUAAUUAAUUUUUUAAUCAUGCAAAAUAAAUUGUGUACUUUGGUAAA